AGCAGCAACGAUCGGCGCUCAGAUGGUGAAAUUUGUUCAUGGAUUUUACGCGUUACGCCACUAUAGGGUAAUUUAACGGGACUUACACUGGGACGCGCUUUAUUAUCGGACUACGACCAAAUACGAUUUGAGAUGGAAUUGACUUUUAAACAGUUACUCUCCAUUUAGGGAUUUCACUGUGCAACACCUAUAAACUGACACACAUGUUCUCCGCUAAUGAAAAACAAGGAGCAUUUACCCAGUGGAUGAGUUUUAAACCUUCAAAGAUGCUUUAGAUAUUUUGCACAUCGGUUGUUGGAUUACAUGAACGCGGCAAAAUUGUCUGCAUGUUGAGAGGCUUGUGGUUUAUGGAACUAGAGCUGAGAAGAAAAGAUCUGAAGUUGGAAAAGAGGGUCUCCGGACUGAGGGUCUGAAGGAUUUUACCAUCUCCUCCUGGAGCGUCACUUUAAUGUCCAACGUCUUUGGGUUAUGACAAUGGAUUAUUUUCUUGUUUUAUGCAGCUUUUUGCUGCCUCUGUCCUCGGCUGUAGAAGAAACAAUGAUGGACACCAAAUGGGCCACAACUGAACUUGCAUGGACUUCACAUCCUGAAACUGGGUGGGAGGAAGUUAGUGGAUACGAUGAUGCCAUGAAUCCUAUCCGAACGUAUCAAGUCUGCAACGUUCGUGAGCUUAACCAGAACAACUGGCUUCGUAGUGACUUCAUCCCUCGCAAGGACGUUCUCCGUGUGUAUGUGGAGAUGAAAUUUACUGUACGGGAUUGCAACAGCAUUCCCAACAUUCCAGGAUCUUGUAAAGAGACUUUCAACCUUUUCUACUACGAAUCGGACUCAGAUUCAGCAACAGCCACGAGUCCAUUUUGGAUGGAGAACCCUUAUGUCAAAGUUGACACCAUUGCUCCAGAUGAGAGCUUCUCAAUGUUGGAGUCCGGUCGUGUCAACACCAAGAUUCGCAGCUUUGGUCCACUUUCCAAGGCUGGCUUCUACCUGGCCUUCCAAGACUUGGGCGCCUGCAUGUCUUUGAUCUCCGUGCGAGUUUUCUACAAGAAGUGUUCUACAACCAUUGCCAAUUUUGCGGUUUUCCCUGAGACGGCAACAGGCGCGGAGGCCACGUCACUAGUCAUUGCCCCUGGCACUUGUGUGGCUAAUGCUCUGGAAGUAUCAGUUCCUCUCAAGCUCUACUGCAAUGGAGAUGGAGAAUGGAUGGUUCCUGUAGGUUCCUGCACUUGUAUGGCUGGGUUUGAGCCUGCACUUAAGGAAACACAAUGUCAAGCUUGCAGCCCAGGCACCUUCAAGUCAAAGCAAGGUGAAGGUUUGUGCACCCCAUGUCCGCCUAACAGUAGGACGAGUUCCGGAGCUGCCAGCAUCUGCUCCUGCAGGAAUGGGUACUAUCGGGCGGACAACGAUUCUCCCGACUCAGGAUGCACAACCGUGCCCUCAGCUCCUCACAACGUCAUCUCCAGUGUAAACGAGACGUCAUUGUUACUUGAGUGGAAUGAACCACGUGACCAAGGUGGCAGAGAUGACAUUUUCUACAAUGUCAUCUGUAAAAAGUGUCUGCCAGAGCGUGGAACCUGCACAAGGUGUGAUGACAAUGUGGACAUCUCUCCACGCCACCUCGGCCUGACCGAGAGACAUGUGACUGUCAGGAACCUUCAAGCUCACACUCAGUACAGCUUUGAGAUUCAGGCUGUCAACGGAGUCUCCAACAAGAGUCCCUAUGCACCCCAUUUUGCAUCUGUUAACAUCACCACCAACCAGGCUGCUCCUUCCGCAGUUCCUACUGUUCACCUGAUGGGGGCGUCAGCAAACACCAUGAGUCUCUCCUGGCUUCCCCCUGAAAAACCAAAUGGCAUCAUCUUGGAUUACGAGAUUAAAUACCAUGAGAAGGACCAGGGAGAAGCUAUUGCCCACACCAUGACAGCCCAGCGUAGCUCUGCACGCAUUGAGGGUUUAAAACCUGGCACGUCAUAUGUGGUGCAGGUUCGAGCCCGAACGGUUGCAGGGUAUGGCCGCUACAGCAGCCCUGCCGACUUUAGCACCAACCACCAGGCCGACUCAGACAAGAGUCUACAGGAGCAGUUGCCUCUCAUUGUGGGCUCUCUCACGGCUGGGCUGGUCUUCAUCAUUGUUGUUGUUGUCAUUGCCAUAGUCUGCCUCAGGAAGCAACGCAAUGGCUCAGAAUCAGAAUACACAGAGAAACUGCAACAAUACAAAUCCCCUAUAGUCACUCCGGGAAUGAAGGUCUACAUUGACCCCUUCACAUACGAGGACCCUAAUGAGGCCGUCCACGAGUUCGCCAAAGAGAUUGACGUUUCCUGCGUGAAAAUCGAGGAGGUCAUCGGCGCAGGUAACCAACAACACAAGCUCCUGAGCAACAGGGGGAAGACAGCUAGGCACACCCAGGCCAUACCUUUAGAGGACUUCACUCCAAGCGGAGAGUUUGGAGAGGUGUGCCGUGGGCGGCUCAAGCUCCCUGGACGGCGUGAGAUCAUUGUGGCCAUCAAGACGUUGAAGGCAGGCUACACCGAACGCCAGAGGAGAGACUUCUUGAGCGAGGCCAGCAUUAUGGGCCAGUUUGAUCAUCCCAACAUUAUUCGUUUGGAAGGGGUGGUGACCAAGAGCCGGCCAGUUAUGAUUGUAACUGAGUUCAUGGAGAACGGAGCGCUGGAUUCCUUUCUCCGGCUAAAUGACGGCCAGUUCACAGUCAUCCAGCUGGUCGGUAUGUUGAGAGGAAUUGCAGCUGGCAUGAAAUAUCUGUCCGACAUGAACUAUGUGCACCGUGACCUGGCUGCUCGUAACAUCCUGGUCAACAGCAACCUGGUGUGUAAGGUGUCUGAUUUUGGCCUUUCUCGCUUUUUGGAGGAUGAUCCAACAGACCCGACCUAUACCAGCUCAUUGGGAGGAAAGAUCCCUAUUCGCUGGACAGCCCCUGAAGCUAUUGCUUACAGGAAAUUCACUUCAGCCAGUGACGUUUGGAGCUAUGGUAUUGUCAUGUGGGAGGUGAUGUCAUACGGCGAGCGCCCAUACUGGGACAUGAGCAACCAAGACGUGAUCAACGCAGUGGAGCAGGACUAUCGGCUGCCUCCACCCAUGGACUGCCCUACUGCCUUGCACCAACUCAUGCUAGACUGUUGGGUGAAAGAAAGAAACUUGAGACCCAAGUUCUCACAGAUCGUCAACACCCUCGACAAACUUAUCCGAAAUGCUGCCAGCCUUAAGGUGGUCACCAGCACACAUUCUGGGGCCUCCCAGCCGCUCCUUGACCGCUGUGUACCUGACUACACCACCUUCACCACUGUGAGCGACUGGCUGGAUGCCGUCAAGAUGAGCCGCUACAGAGACAACUUCCUCAAUGCCGGAUUUGCUUCUUUUGACCUGGUGGCCCAAAUGACCGCAGAAGAUCUGCUACGGAUAGGCGUGACAUUAGCCGGCCACCAAAAGAAGAUUCUCAGCAGCAUUCAAGACAUGAGACUGCAAAUGAACCAAACGCUGCCCGUCCAGGUGUGAAUUCGGAUUGGCUAAAACUAUUUUAGUGGACGCCUGAUCAUCUCUGCUAAUCAGAUGAAACUGGCUUGCAGUGCCUCGGACAACUUUUUCCUUUCCCUUUUCCUGCAUUAUUUUACACACAACAGGAUUACAUACAAUUAUUUUGUACUUCUUUUUAAGAACGGAGGGAGAAAAGCCUGUAUCCCAUGCAUGCCUUGCGAGGCGUUUGCAUGCAUGCGUGUGAUAUUUUCUUUUACGGAGGCUGCGCGGAACUCGCCCCAUCUCCAUAGCCUGCCAUAAUGCAUUUUUCCCUGAAACUGAUUUGGAAGGGAAGAACUCUACCCGGAUGGACAGUGCAAAUGGAGAUACUUCUCUAAUAGUGCACAUGACUUGAAAAGAAAAGACAAAAAGACUAAGAGUGAAUACAUACAUUCACAACCAACGCGUGUGGACACAGAAAUCCCUCCAAUGCUGGCAGAUGUUUAUUGUGUGAUCUUGUGCAUAUUCCCCAUCUUCAUAUUGAAGGUGUUUAACUUAAAGGCACAUGCCUCAAACAGACCGCAGUGAGAGGCACACAACAGGGGCGAAAGAUUGCAGAUGGUGCAGGACCAGAGUUUAAGGAAGCUGCAUUUGUCCACCAGGUUGAGACUCACAAAGGACUUCUUAGAAAAUACCAGGUGAACUCAUGAUGCUUUCAUAGUUAAAAUAAUGGAUUCUCAGCUGAGUUUCUCACAAUUUCAAUUGAUGUUUUCCUUUUAUUAUCUACCUUUAUUUUUCCACACCCUCUUUUAGUUCCUGUUCCACAUUGAGUUGACAUUUAGCUUGUUGUCAAUCAUUAUAUCAGGAUUCUUUAGUGAUUAGAAAGAGAAGGACCGGGAUAACUUGUACUAUAAACAGUGUUAAUCGCUGGCCAUCUCUGUACUAUGCGGAUGUGUGUGUGUCAGAAUGACUGUGUUGUAGUGUAUGUGUAUGAAACAGAGAGCGAUUAUGAGGAUUAUGCACACACAUACUGUACAUUAACCUUCUGUUGUGUUUCACGGUUGAAAACUAAUACAUGAAUUGUGACAAGGAGCUGCAGUUUUAUUAUAUAUAAUUACACGUGGAUCAAUAAUAUUCUAUGGACAAUUAGACUUUUUACGUUAACUUGGAUAAACUUGGAUAAAUUGGAAUUUGUACCCUUUUUUAUUUUAUUUAUGUCUAGAGACCAUUUGGAAUUGAAUUCCUAUGGAUUUAUUUCCUUCAAUCCAGAGGAAAUAUAGCCCAGAAAACCCUUAUUUUAAAAACAAAUAUUUAAAAUGAUCUUAUAUAAAUGUGAACCUGUAUAUUUUAUUUUUCUUCAUUCAAGGGGAAAUAUAGCCCAGAAAACCGAAAACCAUUUAUAUAUAUAUAUAUA